CUCCCAGUCACUCCUCUUACGCCGCCUGAUUCUCAGAGGAUUCUCUUUGUCUUGCUCAGCUAUUCCAUGCAAACGUGUCAUCAGAGCUGAAUGUCAUUCAGUGCGCACCGCUUCUUGCGCCCCCGCUCUGGUGCCGGGUUGCCUUCUGUUGCCCUGCACUCCAGACUCCGCCCCGGAUAUUGGUGUCGCCCGAGAGGAAUAUUUCAACAAGCAAGAUGGCACCUUCAUGAUGCAAGACGAACAAAUGCGCAGCCACCCACUGAGCCGGAAUUGUUAUUCUGCGAAUCGGAACCCCUCACCAGCUCUAGUAUUCUUGCGAACCACAGUCUGAAUCGAUCUCAAAGAACGCAGUUAUCGCCCUCCUCCUCCGCUCGUUCGGCUUUUCAAGAAGACGAAAAUGACUUGAAUGACGAAAGUGAUUUCCUCGACGAAAGUGAACUCAUAGACGAAACGCCGCUCAAGCCACCGAAGCCACUCAAGCUAAUUGACCCUUGCGACCCCAAUCGCAGCUAUCGGUCCCUGCGCGUCGGCAACUAUGUGGAGGGCAACAGGCAGCUUCGCCAUAACGCACUUGUGGUGAAUAAUGGCACCGUUAGCUACCGGGAGAGAAUUGUGGACGAAGAGGCGUACCUUGCGGACCAAGAAAUACGAAGCUCCUCCUGGUUCAUCGGUCGACGUCGACUUCGGAUGUGGAAAAGUGCCCGCAAUGAGCUGUUCAAAGCCAAAUACUACAAGCGGCCAGUCUCUCAGGAAGAUCUUGUGCAAGAAUUUGAAUUGAGGGAAGCAGACAACGAGCUGCUGACGCUGCUCCAAUCGCCCAACCUUGACGGCUUCCGCGAGUCUUGGAAUCAACUGGACGUGGCCACAAAAAGUGAGCAUUGGAUGAGGCUGUCACUCUGGCUCAUAGCGAAUGAGCCGACGCGUGCUCUCAAAUUCCUCUACAUCACCUGCCAAGAUAAGCAGAGGCCGCUGCUCGUAAUGAUUUCUGAAUGCCUGCUGUUCUUGCGAAACUAUCCGAAAUUGUUCGACUCCUGGAGAUGGGAAUCGGUGACCUUUCCCGACCUUGUGGCCACUUGCCUGGAUCCACACUAUUGGCCUAUCGUCUACACGCCACAAAAAGGCAUCCGCUUCUUCAUUGGUGCGGCGAAUGACGAUGAUGUUCUUCGAGCUUGGAAGCUUGUAUACGAGCGGCAAGUUCAUACGUCCGCUGAAACGUACCUUGCUUGGGCGUCCCGCUUCACGCGAAUGAGAAAUAUUGAUUUGGCCCUCGAGGCAUUGGAGCAUGUACGCCAGAUUGGGCAGGUUGGCCUCGAAAUCACCUCUGAGCCUGUCAAACGCCAUGGCUGCUUGCUGCUGCUGCUUGACUCGGUCAAGGAUGGCCCCGAAGGGCGCAAUUUCCGCAUUCUUCCCAGGCUGCUCGAGAUGGGCAUGCGUCCUGACUUGGAGAUGAUGGAUCUCAUCCUGGCCAACUGUUACAAAACCGGAGAUCCAGAACUCGGCCGAGAUAUGUUGAAUCAUAUGCAGAGUCAAGGCUAUCCGUUGACUACGUAUACCUACGUCACGCUUCUAUCAGAUGCCACGCGGCGACUGGAUCGAAGUGAGAUCAACCGCUUGAAGCACGAAAUUGAAAUGCAAGGAGAGGACAUCCGCACCAACCGAUUUGUCAAGUCGAAACUGUUCCACGCCUAUUUCUGUCUCAACGUGAAGGACCAGACAGGUCGGCCCGAGGAAAUGGAUAAUAAACAUGCAUUCCGCAGUCUGUUCAGAUUGUAUAACGAAAUGUACGACAUAUCACCUUUGAAGAAGCUUGGGAUUGUUCCGCAAUCCUAUCGACAGCAGGUUACAGGAAGAAGCCCUCUGAGAACGGAGCCCGAUGCCGUACCCCUCUUCCUCAUGAUCGCAUCGUAUCUUCGAUGCCACAGCGAUAUUUCUGUCACUGCACGGGUCUAUGAUCGCUUUGUUGAACUCUUAGAAAAUGAGGAUCCGGUCAUUUCUCCGUUGGGUAGGACAGACCAUACCUGGCACGAGUUCAUGUUCGCAUGGCGCAACGAUGUGCGAGGACUGCGCCCUUCAGUCCGCCUUGUGGGGACCAUGGAGCGCUUUAACACUGAAGAUCAAGGCGUGAGCCCGGAUCAGCCAAACUUCCGGCCCAAACCGACGGUCUACAUCUGGACCGCUUUGGUCUCCGCGUUCCUCUGGAAUAAAGAACCGAACGCGGCAGAGAAAGUGCUGGAAUUGAUGGACAAGUACAAGGUCAAAUAUAACAAGGUGCUCUGGACCAGCUUGAUCUACGGCUACGCGCAGAACAAGGACAUUCUCAAGGUUGCUCAGACAAUCAGAGCGAUGGAAAGUGCUGGCCAUGAAAUGGAUGCGUUCACCAUCAGGGCGCUCCGCCACAUCCAGGAUCCAGAGCGACUGUGGCAGGCCGUGGAUGAGCUAGACAAGCAAGCCAACGAGCAAGUCCACAGCGAAACAUAUAGCUCGCUCACGGACAAACUGCGUCUCGACGAUCUCCAGGGCGACGGAGAUUGGCUGCUCGACCAGGGCCUUCAACGCAUGAAGGCCAAAGCCCAAGCACGGGCGGACUAAGAUACCCUUUUUCUUCUCAGCUUAGAUAUUCGGAUUAUUUCUUUCAGCGUACUCGGGUGCAUUUGGGUGGGAGGAGCUUGCCGGUUUGUUAUAUAGCGCGUUUGGAGGCUUCCAGCAAGGCACAGGAUCUGUUUUGUGGAGUAAAAGUCGCAUGUUCUCGAUGCCAUGUACAUAAACCUCACUAAUUCUGAUAGAUCAGGAAGGAACAAAA